GGGUUGCGCAAACUGUCAGGGGCCCGCACAGACUGCCCGAAUAGGCAGUCGGUAAAAAUUUCACCCACCAGCGAGCUAUCUUCACAUUUAGCACCACCACUAACCAUCCACAACAUCCCACCAUGGCCAAGCCCAAGUCCACCCACACCAUGGUCAAGCUCAUCUCGGCCGCCAAGACAGGCUACGAGAAGUGGUUCAACAUCCCCAGACACCAGCCCAGAUUGAACUUGAUCUUGUACGAUCCAAGAGCAAAGAGACACUGCUUGUUCACAGAGGACAAGAAGAGAAGAAUACCCGAACAGGCACCCAAGGACUUUAUCAGAAAACAUCGUGUGUAACGACUUGUAUAUAGUUAUGAAUGAUUGAGAAGAACGACGUGGGAGAGAAGAGCCAGAUAGAGAAGCCAAAAGGAAGAAGGCAGGGAAAGAGGAAGAGAAAGAGGAAGAGAAAGAAGGAAGAGAAAGAGGAAGAGAAAGAAGGAAGAGAAAGAAGCAAUCAUGGAAAGAAAAAGGACGCAAGGGCGUU